CCGACAUCCUGGUUGUAAGCGACGUCAUACAGAGCAAGAGCCUAUGUAACCUGGUGAUGGAGGGCGUGUCGAGCCCCGGGUCGUCGCCCGGCGCCGGCGCCGGCGCUGGCGAGGUGCCGGGCGAGCUGCGCAAGGCGCUGGAGUGGGAGCUGUCGCUGGACGCGCGCGACCUGCGCUCCCACGCCUGGUACCACGGCGCCAUCCCGCGCCAGCGCGCCGAGGACAUCGUGCAGCGCGACGGCGACUUCCUGGUGCGCGACUGCUCCUCCCAGCCCGGCAACUACGUGCUCUCCUGCCGCUGCAAGGGGCAGCCGCUGCACUUCGUCAUCAACAAGGUGGUGAUCCAGCCGGACACGGUGUACGAGCGCGUGCAGUACCAGUUCGAGGAGGACGCGUACGACACGGUGCCCGACCUCAUCACGUACUACGUGGGCAGCGGCAAGAGCGUCUCCACGGCGUCCGGGGCGCGCAUCUCGACGCCGCGCAACCGCCUCUACCCGCUCUCCUUCUACGCCUCCAAGUACGGCCUGCAGCAGCAGCAGCACGUCUCGCCGCUGUCGUCGCCCGGGGGAACCCCCGCGCUGCGCUACAACCCCUACAACUCGUACCGCGCCGCGCCCCAUUCACCUCCUCGCACCCGGCGCGGCGACACGCCGCCGCGGCUGCCCAGCAAGAAGCAGCGCAGCCAGUCGCUGACGCCGGCCGACUCUCACCAGCAGCAGCAGAACCACCAGCAGCCGGCGGCAGCGGGGGAGCGCGCCAGCAGCGCAGACGGAGUCAUCCAGACGGGCACGCUGGGCAGGCACGACCCGCCGCCCGCCGCCAAGUUCUCCACACACUCGCUGCCGCGCUCCGCCGGGCUCGCCGGCAAGCACCAGCAGGUGUCGCCGUCGUCGACGCCAGGGGCGGGCCACGGGCACGCCGUGGCCAAGAUGGUGCGCGUGACGAGCGACCCGGCGCUCAGCCCCUGCCUCGAGAGGCGGCGCUUCGGCUACGAGGGCGACGGCGCGGCGGAGGCGGCGGGGGCGGCCGACGCGGACCUGCCCGAGCAGCCGCCGCCCAAGCCCAGCCGGGUGCCGUCGCUGCCGCCCAAGGAGCACGCGGCCGCGGCGGCCAACCACGACGCCCACCACCCGCCCGUCUUCGACAACGGAUUGCCGGCGGCGGCGAGCCUGCAGCGCGUGUCGUCGUACCACGCGUCUGGCUCGGACUCCGGCAACGGGUCGGGCGACUCGGCGCAGAGCUCGGCGGCCGACGCCACCGACUGCUCGCAGGCGCAGCACCGCGGCGUCGUGAUCAAGAACCCGCGCUACCGCACCGAGUACGACUCGGCCGCCGAGGACUCGCUGCUGCUGUCCGUGCCCGAGCCGGAGCCGCCGUCCGCCUUCGACCUGGAGAGCGCCUCCACGCUGCUGCUGCCCGUCAUCGAGAACAAGCCGCUCGACCCGUCCGCCCUGCAGGCGGUGCGGCGGCAGCUGCAGGAGACGGGCCCGCGCGUGCUGGCGGCCCAUUUGACGCGCGUCGACCUCUCGCUGCUGCUCGACGCUGCAGACCUCGGGCUCGGCAUCGCCUGCGGACUCGAGCUCGUCACGCUGCCGCACGGCCGACAGCUGCGCCUCGACCUCAUCGAGAGGACUGAAUGUCUGAAACUGUUGGUGGCAGUCACGAUCUUAACUUGCACCACAGAAGCAGAACGAGCAGAAUCAUUAAAUAAAUGGAUUGAGGUAGCAGUGGAGACAAAAACAGCACUUGGUAAUCUCUAUGGAUUUUGUGCAGUGAUGAUGGGCCUCUGCAUGCCGCAGAUUCAGAGGCUGUCCUCAACGUGGCAUGUUCUGCGACAGAAAUUUACUGAUAGUGCUUUCAACUUUGAAGCAAAGUUACGACCUACACUGAAAAGCAUGAAUGAGUGCACAAAUCCACAGGCACCAAACACAACAAUUCCACAUUUGUUACCAUUUCUUUUGCUGCAGGAUCGCACACUUGAAGAUAUUUUAGGCCCUGCACCAGGAAGCCUGAGCUGGGAGACAUCAACUGCUGACCUCGGACUCGGCACACUUCUGGCACACAUGGAAGCUGCACGCAAAUUUGCAGAAUCUGUGCCUAUGUUUAGACGUAAUGCUGAAAUUGCACUUGGCAGUGCUGCAAAACAGGAUGAACUUCUGACUGACAUGUUUCGCACAGAAUUCCACCUUAAGUUCCUCUGGGGAAGCCGUGGUGCCUCUGUUGCUGCGGACGAGCGCCGUGCAAAGUUUGAACAGGUGCUCGCAGUAAUGUCAGACAAGUGCGAGCCACCAGCAUGAGUGGAGGAUAAUUAUGUUUAAUUGGCUGAUUUGGCACUUAGUGCUGACCAAUGAGUCUUAAUUGUUGGAUGGUAUAAAUGCUGAUACAAAUCAACAAUGUUUUUGCUGCAGGAGAAGAUAUGGUGAGCAACUCUUGUUUCCAGGUCACUGAAAGGCAGUGUGAGGUUUAGAAGAAAGGGCAUGGUGAUAAUGCAAGAAAUGAUGUCUUCAUUCUAACCAUUUCACAUGGUGUCAUGUUAUGUUAAGAUGAAGAGAGCUUAAGAUUUAUUUCAAACUACUGCUGCAGAUAAGGUGACUAAUCUGAACACACCACUGAACACUGCCAUUAAGCAACACAUCAUAGCCUUGUGUCCAAAAAAAAUUAGAAGAAACUAUGGUACUUGCAAAUAUCAAGACAGUUGUUUUAGCAUGUACAUUGAUUAUUCAUUGUCACGUCAUGGGGAUAGGUACAAACUUGUAAUUUUUUCCUAAUAUUUGGAUAAAAGAAAACGUACUUCUGUCAUAUUUUUUUCAGAGACAUGGCAUUGUGGAUUUUCCCUCCUUAAGUUAUCAAAUGAAAUGCAUUAGAUUAUAUAGUGAAAUGAUAUGUGAAAGAUUACCAUGCAUUAGGUGUUUCAAUUCGGUUCAAAUUUUUCAUACACGUGUGCCAUACAUGGAACAGGUCCAGGUAGUUCUUUAAAGUGCUGCCUUAGCACAGCUAGAGAACAGUGUAACCGAUAUAUCUCCAGGAGCUUGUGAAAUGAUUACAUAGAGACAAACAAAUCUCUGUUAAUUACACAAUCAUAACAGUGUUUAUUAAGUGUGUACACAAAGAAUUUUAUUGUCUGAAACAGCUGCAACUAGAAAUACUAUAAAAAUACUUACUCUGUCUUCAGGUUCACUUUACUUGCUUUACUAGUGGUGCUCUUUAGAUUUAUAAUAGAUGCUGUAGUUUAAAACUUGAUAAUAUGUUCUUGCCAUCAAACAAACGAGCAAUGAAGUUUGUGCUCCCUCUCACCUUUUUUGUGUAAUUUCUUACAUCAAGUUUGAGACAGUUAACUAACAACUGUGGUUUUAUGUUGUGGGGAAACAAUAUAGAAUAUAAUGCAUAUGAAUAAUUGGAAAACAUGAACAUAUUAAUUUAAAUAAAUUUUCAAUACACUUUCCUGUAUAUUUUCUCAUGGAUGUUGUAAGAGUAUUUUCCUUAGAGCCAACUACAUUUUUUCCCCCUGUGCAAAUGUAUUAUAUUUCAAAUGUGGACUUGAGUCAGUACUCUCUCUCUCUCUCUCUCUCUCUCUCUCUCUCUCUCUCUCUCACACACACACACACACACACACACACACACACUCAGAGAGAGAGAGAGAGUUAGUGUAUGUGUGUAAUGCAAUACACUACAACUGAUUAUGGUGAAACUAAUCACAUAAUAUUACAAUACAAUUGGAUUAAGUACAUAUAUUUUUCUGAUUGAUGAUGUGGCACAAAGAAGUGGUGCUUACUGUGGUAAUAUUUCCUUUGACAGAUGGAAUUUCUUAAUAUCGGUUUCAUAUUUGUUAAUCUUUUUCAUGUAGCAAGUGAAUAUGUAAAUAAAACAAGUUUCUUGACAUACUAGUUAAUGACUGGCUAGGUCUUUACAGAAAGCAGUAAAGUAAUGCCCAAUAGUUACAGCAUCUACCCUAACUUAAGCACUGAAUGAGUGACCAUUCAUGACUGUAAGUAAUUUCCAGUAUGUGAUAACUGUAUGUAAUUAAAAGAAAAUUGUCUUCCCUGUGUUAUUUAAGGUGCUUCAAAUUGUUUGAUGAAAUUUUGUGGGAUUUAAGUCUCUUGCUCGAACACAAGGUGGGAUAUUCCUGCUUAUGAAAUUUCCUUUUAUACUUUUGUGUUAUGUUCUAAUAAUACAAAGGCUCUUCAUUCAUUUGUUUUUAUAUUGGGUAUGUUAGUUCAGAUCAGAUUGUAUUGCUUUCCCAACUGCUUCUGUUGAUAACGAUCUGCUAAAAGUAGUUAUUCCAAUAGGGGAAAGCUGACUUUAAAACCUAGAAAAAUGGUAUGGUAACUACAUGCAGUUCCAUAAUGAUAUCCAGUGUCGCUGUUGGCUAAGGAUGAAUGACUCAGUUGUCAGCUACCUGUAUGUAGUCCCCAAGACCUCACUGUAGAACUAUAUAAUCUUUUACACAGAAGCCCAAAAUUAUUGAAUAAAAUAUUUCAUUUAUGGUGGAAGACAGAUGUUUCAUCCAAAACGUGAACCAAGUAACAGAGAAUUCGAGUACAUACCACAGUCAUUUUCUGGAAAGGGUUCGAUAACAGUUUCCUUAUUUUUGCAUUUGUGUUGACUCUGUUAUUCCAUAACAUAUUAAAAAGUUUUUAAGACUUGACCAUUUGUGUCUUCCCAAAUUGAAAUGACUUCUCAUCUAAAUUAAGCCUACUGCCUGAAAGUCUGGUCUCCUGUGAUCUGAAUGUACCUGGUGUUGAAUAAUAUGUAGCCUGGUGGAUGAUAGGUGUGUUAAGCAUGGACUAGACAGUAUUGUAAAAGUAUGAAACGUAAGUGUGUGUGCUCUCGUACAACAAAAAGUUGUUCGUUCCUGUAUUAUGUGCAUACUGUCUGAAAUUUUAUGAGUUGUUUGAGAUAAUGCAAUAGUUUUUCAUUGGUUUAUAUUUUGGGCCUGUUCUUUACUCAAAACAGCUACAGAAUUGGUCCGAGAAACAGGGAAAUUUUCAUUCUGAAGGAAAGAACAUACAUCAUCAUUAGGAUUAGCAAAGUUUCUUUGUUAGUUGUGUAAAAGAGGUUCCGUAAACAAGUUCACGUAUGGCAGGAUUCUUUGUUGUGAUUUGCUUUACUGAAUGAUGCAUCUCCAGUCAUCCAUACGCAACAUGUACUUCCAUAGCCAUUAUAAAUGAACAGUUUCAUGAACAUAGAUGAGCAAAAACUUUUUUAUUUAUGUACUAUUCUUCACACAGUUGUACUCUUAUGUUGCCUGCAGAAUAUGAGUGCUGCAUCAGAAUUUAUUUUAGAAAAUUAACUUUUCAGCAAUUCUUGCUCUCAAGUGAAGGUAUUUUCAGAAGCAGGCAAUAAAGCACAUCUGUAUUUUAGUUUGAUCAACAAUGAACACUGUUAUUGAGCAAAAACUUCAGUAAACUGCUGAAACUUUUUUGGUUGUAGACCAAUACUACCAUAUUCACCGAAGCUUUGCAUCUCAAAAUUACACAACCACAGCUUGUCAGUCCUGGAUACAUUCUGGAAACAUUUCUCUUCCCAAUUCAGAACCAACUUGAACAUAAGCAAAUCAGUAAGAUACAGUACAACAGAUGAAGUCUUCUUCCCUUGUUUAGUCAUUUUUUUAAAUGUCUAUUUCAUAACUUUUUGUGUGUGGGCAUAUGGUGCAAAAUUGGUUGUUAUUGCAAAUUUAACACUGUAUCUGUAUCUGUGUAAGUAGUACUGAAAACUUAGAAACUUACAUAUAAGGUUGUGACAGAGACAUACAAAUUUGUAACUAAAGUAACAGAUGACAAUUAUGAACUCUGUAUAAAGCUCCUGGAACUGAACAUACCCUUACUCCUAAUAUCAGAAUAAAUGUGAAAAAAAAAGAAAUGAAC